AUGUCUUGUGUCUCGACUCGUUGUCAAGCCAAGGGGAGAGCGGAGGCCUGUCGUGAAGUGGAAUCGACCCGAGUCGAGGAUGAGGCGGACUUAGGCGAGGGACGCGACCAGACAGCGGCGAGCGCACUGCUCAAACAGGUGUGUGUAGUGUGUGAUUGUGGUGUUUAUGUUCGGCGAGCCGAAUCUGGCCGGUCGCCUCUUCUACCCUUUCGCCUGCGAGUGCAACAGCCUCGGCGGCCCGAGACAGAAGGAGGCAGAACGAGACGCCAUACUCGUCGUGUGAUUGGUGCAAAACGGUGUCUCGUUGAGCCAAUCACCCGGCAGCGCUUGCUCACACAUUGUCUCGCUGUCUGGCUGCCACGCUCAGUCGGCUCCACAGUCUUGUGUGUUGUCGCCUUUUAUGCCGCAUGUGCCAACUGCCGCGACCGUCUCUCGGACCGGCCGAGCGGCCCGGCCUCGACGACGUCUGAUCCGACCAUCGUGUGGAUGGACACACUGACACGAGAGCACACCGGCCGUCUGGCCGGUUUACGCGACUCUGAAGAGCGCAUCUUCACCAAUUCUACCGUCUCCACCGUCUCCGCCGUGUCCGCCGUGUCCGCCGUGUCGCCGCCCACCCCACGAGCGCCGGCUCCGAGCAAACGUCGUCACAGCGGCGGGGUCGGCCGGUCGCUGCACCGACCGACGAAACGGGCCGGUCUCGUGCCCGCCGGCCACGAGGCGAGCACACUUUCCCUCUCGUCGCCGGUCUCGGUUUUCGCGGAAACGCCCACUCCUGCCGGCUACUACGACGUCAAGUCGGACUAUGUCUCCACCGACCUGAUGGGACUCGGACCUGGUGUCUACAUGACUUGUGGCCUGGCGAAUGGAGGCGAAAAACAGCCGAACCUCAACCUCAACCCCAACCUCAACAACCUCAACAACAACAACAACAACAAC